AUGGUACAAGGGUCACAAGGGUCACCAAUUGACAGCGCUAUUGAAGUCGACACAGAUUUGCCUUACAACGCUAGCGAAGUGCGGCUUAAACAACCUCUCGAUUCGCUAUACAAACGAUCUGUUGAGACGGAUGCUCAAUGCGCUUCUUACAAUACUCCUAGUCGUCAACUUAGCGCCCGGCAAGCCGUAUGUAUGCCGGAGGCUGGACCUCCGAACUACUAUGUGCAGUGUGUUGAUCAAAACGGGAUAAUAAAACACGUGUGGGCAAAAUGUCCCGCUGAUUCCACCUGCUACCAAUUCCCGCAGGCAGCAACAGAGAAACCGGAUAUUGGAUGUUUGCGUGAAACUCAGGUUGAGAAGGGAAUUGGCUCCUCCGGUAAUUCUGCAACAAUUAUUACCCUUGACGGUACCUACUCUUUUGGUGGAUCAUCGUCCAAAAGAAUGAACUUUGAUGCGCGUACAUUUGAUGUCAAUGGGAACCCUAUUCAGGUUCAGGAAAUCGCGCAGUACGUUAAUGGCCACUUCGCCGGCAGCCGUGUGCAAACAAACGUUUUCGAUAAUGAUUACCUUAUUGGAGAAGGAGAUAAGAUCCAUUUUGAAGCUGAAAGGGGUACCAUGGCAUACGUCAUCCUCCAGUGGACAGCGAAAAUUGUUGGAUAA